AUGACUAGACGCUUGUACUAUAUAACUUUAAUAAUAGUAUUAUCGAUACAAAUUUUUACAAUACAAUGUGGUGGUGGCUUUACCGUGCAAAAAAUUGUUUGCAGGUCGUUCGGCAGCUCUUUCACUUAUUUUAAACAAUGCGAUAUUCAGCAGAUCGCAGGUCGCCACGUAUUUAAGGUUUAUGCCGUUAUACUCUAUAAAGACCCUAUAGAUGAUAUAAUGGUUAGUCUCAGCCUAUACAAGCUCUCCAAGACCUACAGCUUAACGCUUAUAAACGAAACUGUUGACUAUUGUGCCUUUAUGAAAAAUAGAAUUACAUCGAGGGUUAUAGGUUACGUGGUAAAUAUGUUAGCUAAAUAUGCUAGUUUUAACUACUCGUGUCCCGUUCAGCAAAAAGAUAUUAUUGUUGCUGGAUCUUAUCCGAUACAAGGUGUUCUUCACCAAAUACCAGCACCAAGUGGAAAUUAUAUGUUUCGCCUCCAGAUAACCUCGCUUAAGAAAUGGAAACAAGAUAUAAAAGUGUACGCUUUUAAGCAGAAGUAA